ACGUGCGGCGGGGUGAUGGCGGCGGCCCCGGCGCGCGGCCUGCUGCUGCUGCUGCUGGGGCUCGCGGCGCACGGGUCCGCGCCGGUAGGCGCCGUGAAGAUGAAGGUGGUGGAGGAACCCAACACGUUCGGGCUGAACAACCCGUUCCUGCCCCAGACCAGCCGCCUGCAGCCCAAGAGGGAGCCCUCGCCCGUGUCCGGGCCCAGACACCUCUCCCGGCUCUCUGGCAAGUGCUUCAGCCUGGUGGAGUCCACGUACAAGUACGAGUUCUGCCCGUUCCACAACGUGACGCAGCACGAGCAGACGUUCCGCUGGAACGCCUACAGCGGCAUCCUGGGAGUCUGGCACGAGUGGGAGAUCGCCAACAACACCUUCGCGGGCAUGUGGAUGAGGGACGGCGACUCCUGCCGCGCACGGAGCCGGCAGAGCAAGGUGGAGCUUACCUGUGGGAGACGCCACCGGCUGGCCCACGUGUCGGAGCCCAGCACCUGUGUCUACGCGCUGACCUUUGAGACGCCCCUCGCCUGCCACCCCCACUCUCUGCUAGUGUACCCGACCCUGCCAGAGGCCCUGCAGCGGCGCUGGGACCAGGUGGAGCAGGACCUGGCCGACGGCCUCAUCACGCCCCAGGGCCACGACAAGCUGCUGAGGGCGAUCUUCCAGGACGCUGGCUACCUAAGGACCCCAGGGCGCGAGGAAGCUGCGCAGCGGGAAGGGGGGCCCCCGGGCCCGGGCCUGGAGACCCUGGAGCAGUGCAGACAGGCGCACGCGGAGCUGUCCUCGGAGAUCACGCGGCUGAGGGCCCUGCUGAGCCAGCACGGCGUCCCGCACGCCCUGGCGGCCGGCACGGACUCGGAGCCGCAGGGCGUCGGCCAGUGAGGGGCGGGGCCAGCGGGCCCAGGGACAGAGGGGCGGUCUGGAGUUUUAAUUCAUUUCCAUGUUGAUAAAAAUAAUUCAUGAUUUGUAAGCCAUCACAUAAAUGCCACAGUGUAAGAACUUCA